AUGCCUCCGGAACGAACAAAUGUGCCGGUGAAGCUGUCCUUGCCGCUGCAAUACCAGCAAGACAUCUUCACCGAACUCCGCGCCGAUGAUGAGUUGGUUAUCCUAGCUCGUGGCCUAGGCCUUCUUCACCUGAUAACGAACCUCCUCCACUUUUACGAUGCACCGGGAAAUAACCUGGUCCUGGUGGUAGGAGCAGACGAGCGGGAAAAUGAAUGGAUCGGAGAGGCGCUCGCGGAGCAUUCGGCUACAAGCAAGACCCCUCUUGCUAGAGGAUUGAAGAUGAUCAACACAGAACGAGCGACGGUGGCGAUGCGGGAACGGAUGUAUCGCGAGGGCGGUAUUCUGAGUGUGACAUCCAGAAUAUUAGUUGUGGAUCUGCUAUCAAAUCUGCUCGAACCUAAAAAGGUCACGGGGAUGGUUAUUCUGCAUGCCGAAAAAGUCGUGGCGACAUCUCUAGAGGCCUUCAUAACCCGCGUUUAUCGACAGAAGAACAAGACCGGUUUUCUCAAGGCGUUCUCUGAUUCCCCUGAGCCUUUCACGACUGGCUUCGCUCCGUUGGCCAACAUGCUGCGGAACCUUUUCUUGCGCAAAGCAUCUUUGUGGCCCCGAUUUCAUGUUUCCGUGGCGGAAGCACUCGAGGGAAACCGAAAGGCUGAAGUUAUCGAACUCGAAGUCCCCAUGAGUGACAAGAUGCGCGAAAUACAGAACGCUGUACUUGAAUGUGUGGACAUCAGCAUUGCCGAGUUGCGAAAGUCUAAUACGGGCUUGGAUAUGGAGGAGUGGACCCUGGACAGUGCCUUGCAUCGCAAUUUCGAUGUUAUGAUCCGGCGACAGUUGGAUCCCAUCUGGCACCGCGUCAGUUACAGGACAAGGCAAAUUGUGGGUGCUCUCACUGACCUGCGCGGGAUCCUUCAUGCGUUGCUUACAUACGAUUCUGUGUCUUUCGUGAAAUACCUCGACACGAUCGUGACAGCCAACGCCCCUCCACCUGGGUCCAAUAAACACAAUGACUCGCCGUGGCUCUUCCUUGACGCUGCUCACGUUCUUUUUCAAACGGCCAAAGCAAGAGCGUACCAGGGAAAGAUCACUAAGGAUUUGCAACGUCCGUUUGGGUCUACGACCUUCUCCGCUGAGUUGCAACCCGUGCUGGAGCCGCUUCCCAAGUGGAAUGUUCUUGCCGACGUUCUUGGUGAGAUCGAACACGAUGCCUAUCUCCACCCUGUCGGCCAUGAUGAGUCGAACAGUACCAUCCUGAUCAUGUGCAGUGACCAACGAAUAUGCCGGCAGCUCCGUGAAUACAUCAGCACUAUGCAUGCCAGGGUUGGGCGGGUAAAGCAUUCGGGACAUGCAGAUGACCCAACCGAUAAUAGCACUUCCGCGGGAGUCAUGAUGCGGCGCCGCCUGCGCGAUUAUCUCAAUUGGAAACGAUCGCUUUCCAAUAUCAAUAAAAACCUUUCCCAGUCGGUCCAGAACGAUGGCUCUGGGAAGCCCGGGGAAUCGCCAGGACAAGGUCAAAGUCAAGGAAGACCUCCUCCCAACAAACGCCGCCGAGUUCGUGGCGGGGGAGCAGUCACGUCUGCCGCUGCCCGCGUACCCAAUGCUAGUGUCCAGACAGAGGUUGAAAUGCCUGAUCAGGUUUCAGAUUUGCUUAAUGAAAUUCAACCCACCGAAGCGGAAGAGACACAGAAAGAAGAGAUUAUCAUUGAUGAUCUGGAGGACAUGGAAGAUUUCUACGAACUUUAUGACAUGAACGAUCUCAUUAUGAUACACCCUUACGACGGGGAUAUGGAUGGUCACAUUCUCGAGGAAGCACGGCCGCGGUACAUUAUUAUGUAUGAGCCAGACCCGGCCUUCAUUCGGAGAGUGGAAGUCUAUCGCAGCUCGCAUUCUGGAAGGAACGUCAGAGUGUAUUUCAUUUACUACGGUGGAUCUGUCGAGGAGCAGCGCUAUCUGAGUGCCGUGCGACGAGAGAAGGACUCUUUCACGAAACUCAUUAAGGAGAAAGGCAACAUGGCUGUCACUCUGUCCCACGACAAAAGCACCGAGGACCCUCAAGAGCAAUUCCUCCGCACUGUGAACACUCGUAUUGCUGGAGGAGGCAGGUUGGCAGCUACUGCAGCGCCCCCGCGAGUUGUAAUCGAUGUUCGAGAGUUCCGAAGCGCCCUUCCAUCACUUUUGCACGGCAGCAAUAUGAUCGUCAUUCCUUGCCAGUUGACUGUGGGCGACUACAUCCUUACGCCAGAUAUCUGUGUGGAGCGCAAAUCGGUUCGAGACCUGAUCUCGUCUCUCAGAAAUGGCCGGCUCUACAACCAAGCCGAAACCAUGCUCCAGCACUACAAGAACCCUUUGCUCCUCAUCGAGUUUGACCAGAACAAGUCUUUCACCUUCGACGCCUUCUCUGGGGGCCCCACUUUCAUGACCGAAUACGGAUUCUCUUCUUCCGGGUCCGCGACGAGCUCUAGUAGCAGUUCUCUCGCCAAUCCCUCUAAUCCGAAAUCCCUGCAGCAUCUUCUCGUUCUCCUCACGCUAGCCUUCCCAAGGCUGAAAAUCAUCUGGUCUUCUUCUCCCUAUCAGACGGCUGAAAUCUUCGCCGAGCUCAAAAAGAAUGCUGCAGAGCCAGACCCAGCUCGUGCAGUCUCCAUCGGCCUGGGUAUCGAUCUCACGGAAGCUGGCGAUUCGGAGAAUCUCAUGGCGGCGUCUGGGAUCGAGCACCGCACUUUCAAUCAAUUGCCUCAGGAUAUGCUACGUGCUGUGCCUGGUGUGACGCCGCAGGCUCUCGAUCGUUUGAUUCUCGAGACGGACAAUCUCAGUGAUAUCGCUAAUAUGGAAGUGGAGCAACUGGAUCCAAUCGUCGGUAAGGAGGCUGCACGGAAGAUUGUCGGCUUUUUCCAGAAGAGUGUUUUCGAUGAUUGA